CCAGCCACCUGCUGCUUGCUGAAACAGAGGGUUUGGGAGGGCUGGAAGAUCAUCCGGUUGCUGUAACAACAUCACUUCUGUUCUCAUGUUCCGUCAAUCUUCAUCGACUUCUCGCCUGACGGGAUUAAGGAAUUAUACACUCUGACAGGCUUUCGCUCCUAAGCAACAGGUAGCAUGCUGGGUCCUCAACGACUGACCCCAUCAGAGCAGAGAUGAGGCGUCAGGCUACCUCAGUUUACCAUGUGUAGCAUCCACCACAACCACUCACUCAUUGCCAUGAGCGGGAACGACAUGAUGGCGCACUCUCUGACUCUGGAACAGAAGACGGCGUUCGCCUUUGUGGGGAUGCUGAUGGUCUUCCUGGGGCUUCUCAUUGUCAGGUGUUUCAGGAUCCUGUUGGACCCAUACAGCAGCAUGCCCUCCUCCAACUGGGCGGACGGGAUAGAGGGCCUGGAGAAGGGGACGUUCGAGUACGCCCUCACCUAACACGAAAGAACCACGAAACACACACACGCAACACGCACAUACACCCAUGACGGCGCGAAGCUGCUGCACCAGGCACGUGUACAUGAUUACAACCUCACUGUACUGAACUGAACAGAGGAUGGAGCCUUGACUGUGGUGUGUGUGUGUGUGUGUGUGUGUGUGUGAGUGUGUGAGUGUGUUCACCAUUUGCUCUGAUGCAGCUGUGCCGUGAACACGUUCACACUGAAGCUGAGGGAUUGAACCUUUGAAUGCAAAGGAAGAGCCUGGACAGAGCUGGAGGUCUCAGGGAAAUUGUUGUGGUUGGGAGGUAAAAGUGGCCAAGAAUGUCUGGGUGUAAAACAAGGUAUUAUAAUAUCAAUGUGAGUGAAUCAAGUGCAAUCUAUUUGUUAUUGAAAUGGAAUGCAACAUCUGAGUGUAAAUAUCUGGCCUUUCAAAGGUCUCCUGUUUUAGUAUUUAACAGUAGGGCAAAGGCCUGAAAAAUUACCUGUGGUGUCAUUGUUUCAAAUCAAUGCAAAAACUGCUCAAAACAUUGUACUGUCGCUGUCAAUGACUAAGGAUAUGUGUUGUCACAAUUACAUGUUUUAGUUGAAUAAUCAUGUAGAACAAGAACUGUUUACUCCUUCUGGGCCAAUGAGAGUGGUCCUUACAGCUGCAUCGUGCGUUGUCUGCUGUUUGAUCGGAGCUGGCAGACCGGAUCAAAUGGAAAGGCAUGGAAACAAAAACUGUCAAAUCUUAACAGGUAGUUUAUUUCUGAGGACCGGGAGAAUCUGUCACUAUCUGUCUGCAGAGGAAAAGGUCACUAGGAGAAUGUUUUGGGGAUGUCUAUCAAUGCUGCCAGCAUUGAUAAGUUCUACCCUCCCUCUUGCUCUCUCUCCUCCUCAUUUUUCCUCGCCUCUCCUCGCUCCCAAGCAGGAGCAAAUAUGGAGGUGGCCUUCAAAGAGAGCCUUCCCGGGAACAGACUGGCUCCUUCAAGGUGGUUCUCCAAAUGCUGUGAAUCUGCCUUAUUGUGACCUUCUAUGGGUUUACGUGCCUUCAUCUAGAGAUAUUAGAGCACCUUUCACGUAUGUGUGUGUUUCACGGCAACAAAUUACUCGUUCCCUUGUUGCUCUCUGCACCGGACACAGAGGUGUCACUGGUGUGGAUUAGAUUAAUCUAUAAAAUGAUAAAUCAGUGUUUACCUUAUGCUCCCAAUGUAAGUGCAUCUUGUACAGUAUUUCAGAGCAGUCAGGAUGAUGUUCACAAUUAAAACAUUGGUAUAAAUAAAUGGAACUGGUACUCAUUGUAUUACCAAAAUGAUGAUUGGGUGGGAGCAGUCUAUGGAUGACAGAGAAGAAUGCAAACAGGGUUAAUAAUAAAUACCUCAGGCUGUAACUGCUCUGUGUUCUUCUUGAAAAAAUAUGAGAUCAUUAUUCUAACCAAGAAAAAACCUCUUCCUGUGCUGAUGUUGUUGUCUCUGGCGCCACUGUCUGAUACUCCUAUCCAACCAACACACCCGCAGGCAAAGGAACAGGCUGA